CUUCACUGUUCCGCCCGGGUUUCCUUUAUGAUCGCGGGAUCUCCCGUCUCUUACAGCAGACUUCACCCGACCGCGGAUGUAGUCGUACACUCAGCCGCGCUCUUGCUCUCUCUCUCUCUCUCUCUCUCUCUCUCGUUUGUUCGCUCUCUCAUUCUGCACCGAGCACUCCAGUCUGUUUGGAAGUUGGCGGUGCGAGGAGUCUGAAAUUUACGCGAGGGGAUAUCUACGCAAAGAAAAAAAAGUGCACUUGUUUUGCGGGGAUAGUUGCCAUAUCCACCGUAGCUGCCUACAUACAUCAGUUAUUUUGCGCCUUCUGCGUCGCGAACCCGUCCUUCAGCAGUCAUGUCCGAGGUUCUGCCGUACGGAGAGGGGAAAAUGAACGGAUACGGAGCGGACAACGAUGUCAGUCAGAUGUCCUUCAGCUGCGGGCUGCAGGACACCAACUCGUUCUUCGGAGCGUCGCAGGCGAAGAGACCUCCAAAACUUGGACAGAUCGGCAGAGCGAAGAGAGUGGUCAUCGAGGACGACCGAAUAGACGAGGUGCUGAAAGGCAUGACCGACAAAUCAUCACCGGGCGUGUAAACCCGCGCGAUGCCUUGAAGACAUUUCAAUUUUUUAUCACCGAUUCGAAGCACUUGUCGGUUGUGCAUGUGAAGAAGACUGCAAAGAGAUGGAGAGACUGUGGCACGACACUCGAACCACGAGGAGACUUGAACUAAAAAGGGAAAACGGGAAUUAAAGAAGGGAGAGACGGAAUUUCCUUGGGGGUUUGCUGGCAAUUCUCCAAUAUAAACGACAACGGAAGCUUUGAAGAAGAUGUUGGCGAUGUUGUUGAGGCUGCGCGCUGCGGCUCAUCUGUGAAUUAAGAUGGAUGGACUUGCCAUUAUUAUUCCACGACCAUCAUCUUCCAAAAGCGCUGUAAGCAACACGAAGUUCAACCGAAGACUGAACCGCAUCUUACGCUCUGUUACUAUAGAUGUACAGUAUCUUAGCUCAAAGACCUUCCCCAUAACACACAAACAGACAUAUAUGGAUCUGCCUUGAGCGUCGACUUCAAUCCGACUGCUGCUUUUAGAGACAUUUUAGACUUCACACACAAAGACAUUGAGCUCCCAUAAUUAUAAAUGAACUAUAUGUAUGGUGCAAUGUGAAUAUUUUCUUUCGCUAUUUUGCAUCAUAUUCUUUUUUCAGAAAUUGAGAAUAUUAUCAUACAUGCCCACAGGUGUUGAAGUGUGUAGUCUUUGAAGCGUCGUUUGGUGAUCUAUAGUUUUGCCCUUCACUGUAGCUGAUUUGUGCACCUGCGCCACGGAUUCACAUCAUCAGUACAGCACAGGGGAACAUUGUGCAUUACCGCCUCUUGUAAUUAACCAAACAUGAAUGCAUCUUGAUUUCUUCCAAGCCUAAUUUUAUACAUAAAAAAAAAAAAAAUGAUCAGCUCCUCACAUUUCUUUAGUCGUGUCCAUCUCUUUGCAUGAAUUUUCACGUCGGUGCCAACAGAGGUGCCACCAUGAAUCUAACCCUGGCACGCUUCUUUCAGAAAAAAAAGUCAUAUUUGUAUUUUUAUAUCUAAAUAUUUGUUAUUUAAAAUGAUAUGCUAGUAUGUCGUCUUAAAGAAUCAUCAACAAUGAUGUUUAUAUUUCAGAGAAAAAUCUUUAGACAGGGAUGAGAGUAGCCUAUAAUUCAGUCUGGUUGGAAAGGUUUUUUUUUUUCUUAAAAAAAAAAAAA